AUGAGGCCCUUUUCGGCUUUCUUCGCGUUCCCUGUAUCCCUCCUCGUGCUUGUAUCGCAAGUCGCAGCCGACAAUUCCGCACCCACGGCAAUCAAGAAGCUCGCGCCCGACUCCAACGAGAAACUCCUUGCUGAGCACCUCGCCUUCGCCGCCAUCCCCGUGCUCUCUCCCCGCGACGCAGCCGCAGCCGCCAUCUCGUUCCUCGACGAGCACGGCGAGACCAUUGAUGGCACUACGCGCUACCGGCCGGCAUUUGCCCGCCACUUCGACGAUGCCGAGUACAACGUGCUGCGCCGGGCGGCCGAGGCGCUGACGCUGUUGCAGCGGAGGGAGGCGUGUCCCGAGGGCACCACCAGCUGCUCCAAUAUCAACGCGUCGAACAAGUGCUGCCAGGAGGGAACAUACUGUGUCUCUGUUGAAGACUCGAGCGUCGGCAAUGUCGCCUGCUGCCCCGACCAGGCGACAUGCGGGGGAGGGGUUGGCGCCUGUCCUUCUGGUGCAACGAGCUGCUCCGAGGAACUUGGUGGUGGAUGCUGUAUUCCGGGAUACGUGUGCGAGGGUGCCGGCUGCGUCCCGAGUGCUUCUGCAACACUCUCCCACACCAGCACCAGCACCAGCACGACGGUCCAGAGCUCUACGCAAGAGCAAGUUGAAACGACGACCACCGAGGAGUCUUCAACUACCACAACCCAAGCUGAGACGACUUCAGACGAAGAGACGACUACCACCGAGACAGCCACCGAGACCAUCACAGGAACCGCCACGGGCGUCCCCCCGUUCCGUCCAACCCAAGCUGACACGACAACCUCAACUAGCGCCAGCUCCGAUACGCAGACCGGCUGUCCCACGGGUUACUACGGCUGUCUAGCAACACACGGGGGCGGCUGCUGCCGCACCGAUCGUGACUGUAACACGUACGACUGCCUAGCUCCGUCCACCACCCUCGUCUCCGAUGGCGUCACCAUCGUGCUGCUCGCCACCGACGCUCCUCCAGCCGCCGACGCUACUUCCACCUGCGCGGACGGCUGGUUCAUGUGCGGCACCGACGCAGGCACGGUGGCGGGGUGUUGUCCUAGCGACUACGACUGCGGGACGGCGAGCUGCUUCACCGUUUCGGCCAGCCGGACGGCCAAAGUGCAAAAGCAAUUCCCGGACGCGGGUUCGGCGACGCAAGGAAGUCCACGGGCGUUUCUGGGGGGAGUCCUCGGGGCCCUGUGCCUCUUGAUUGUGAUGUGA